ACCCGUUUACUGUGGUACUACUCUCGGCUGGAGAAAGAGUUAAGAGAAUAUAGACCAUUGUCAUGAAAUGUGCUUCUUUGCUAUUCAAAGAAAUGUGCUAUUCAAUCGCAUAUAAAAAUAAUGACUCUUAAUUUUCACUGAAUUCAGAUAUUGUUGGUGCAUCCCGGCAUCCAAAGAUACAGGACAACGUCAGGAAACCAGUUUAAGAUGGAGAAGAGGAACGUUCAGCGUUACUCUGGGACAACAAGGCGGAGGCGGUGGUGGGGUCUGAGGAGGCGUUGGAGAAUGUUAGGCCUGUUUGAAAUCAACCAGGAACAUGAGUUCUACAGCUUCACCUGUCUUAUGAAAGAGGGGCUGCAUGCUGCCCUACAGACCAGCAUCGACACACCAGGACCUGUCAGUAAAUCUAUAGAUGAACUUUCUGCUGAACAUUACAAAUCGGAGCAGACUCAAGUCCACAAGGACUAUGAGAUGCAGACAUUUGCAGGACUGGUGUUUUCCAGCUUGCGGUACUCCCUGGACAUAAAUGAGGAGGAGUACAAGAGAUCCCUCUCUUCAGACAGCUGCUAUCUACAGUUCAUGAGCAACUCCAAGAGCAAGGCUGACUUCUUCCUCACGAAUGACAAGAGGUUCUUCCUAAAGACACAGAAUAAGCAGGAGGUGAAGUUUCUUCUUUCCAACCUGAUGGCAUAUAUGGAUCACUUGGAGAAAUACCCCCACUCGUUGUUGGUCAGGUUCCUGGGUCUCCAUAGUAUCCAAGUACCAAAUGAAACAAAGAAGUAUUUCAUUGUGAUGCAGAGUGUGUUUUACCCGGAUGAGAGGAUUGAUACAAGAUAUGACAUUAAGGGCUGUGAGGUGGGUAGGUGGACUGACCCUGCAUCUACUGGAAGCCCAGUUAAGAUUCUGAAGGAUAACAACUUUGAAGGAAAGCACAUCAUUCUGGAUCAGAAGAGCUCCUGGCUUGUGGAACAGGUUGAAAUAGACACAGCUUUCCUCCGUAGCCUCAAUGUGCUUGACUACAGCAUUCUGCUGGCCCAUCAACCCUUGCACAAAGAUGAGCUGGAUGGGAAGCAUUCCUUUAGUAACCUUAUUGUGCGCACUGAAAAGUCCAUGGCCCAAGACAGUCGAAAAGAGGAAGAUCAUCCCACUAGUCCAUUGUUGGGGGGAGACUCUUUUCGACUGGCAUCAGCCACAAUAGACAGUGGGCCAGACCAUGUUCAGGACACAGGGGAGCACUCUGGCCAUUCAAUCCACUGCCAGGAGAUAAACCUGCCCUCUGUAAACAGUACAGAUGCAGAACUCCAUGAGUUCCAUGCUCAUCACCGUAGGCUGCUGCCUAAUUUCAAGAACUCUGUGCAUGUCAUAGAUGGGCCAGAGCUGCGCUACUUUGUGGGUAUUGUAGACAUUUUUACUGUGUACGGUUUGAAGAAAAGGCUGGAGAACCUGUGGAAGAGUGUGCGCUUCCCUGGCAGAGCCUUUCUACUGUCAGCCCAGCUACCUACUCCCAGAGGUUCUGCCGGUGGGUAAAGGACCACACCAAGUAAAACGGGGACACUGUGUCUCUAGAAAUGCAUCUAUCUAGAUAAUCUGGGCAUUUUUUUCCCCUGUUUUUGUCGGUAACAGUAUGAACAAUAGGUGGCACCACAGCUUAUGUUGUAGUGGUGGUAGCCUAUUUCAAAAUACAGAUACAACACACAAUUUAAUUACGCAAUAAGGCAUGAGGGGUUGUGGUGUAUAUGACCAAUAUACUGUGGCUAUGGGCUGUUUUUAGUCACGACUCAACGUGGAGUGCCUAGAUACAGCUCUUAUAUUGGCCAUAUACCACAAGCCCCCAGGGUGCCUUAUUGCUAUUUGAAACUGGUUACCAACGUAAUUAGAGCAGUAAAAAGAAAAGUGUUGUCAUACCCAUUGUAUGUCAGCCAAUCAGUAUUCAGGGCUCAAACCAUCCAGUUUAUACUUGUUAUUAAAUGUGUUCAUAUUAUUAUGGUAUUCUGUGUGUUUAUAUAAAUCAAUUACCAACAGGAA